AUAUAUUUAACUUUAUUUUAUAAAUAUUCCGUACAUUUAUUUUAGAUAAGUAUGAAUGUAUGUUUUUGAUAGGAGAAUUGCUUACACGUGGACAGCUGUUAUUAGUGAGUUUAAAUUUUACGGUUGAAAAAAACAAUACAAUACAACACAAGUAGACCUUAUCUUUAAUAGUUUAAAUCAUUAUAGCUUAAGUGCCACAUGUUUAUUUAAUCCUGGACGUUUCAAUAAGUCGUUACUCUAGUUUUUUUAACGCAAAUAUAUAAUCUCCAAGAAUGCGUUUAAAUAUUUUUAUGGUAAUUUUGUUAUUUUUUGUUGUGGCGAUAAAUGCACAAUAUGACUUUGACACGAGUGAAGUACAUGCUGAUGAAUUAAAAUGCGUUGUUUGUAGAGCGACUGUCAAAGAAAUAGAAAAUGCCUUGGCUCAAAUAGAUCCUUCUCGUCAAAUUGAAGUAGGAAGUCGUAUAGAUGUGCAUGGAAAUAUGGUUAACAAGAAGGUACCAAUAAUAGAAUCUGAAACUCACUUUUCUGAAAUAUUAGAAAAUGUAUGUGCUAAAUUAGAUGACUAUGUACGUGGCAGAUACAAAUCUAAUAAAAAACUCACGAUACUUAAUUUGAUUUCACCUUCUGGUGGUAUGAAUCCUGAUGUGGGUAAAGUUAAUAUUGUCCAGGAUAGUGAUCUUAAUAAAAGUCUGCGUUUUACUUGUGAAGAAAUAAUUGAUGACAAUGAAGAUUAUAUCACAAGUAUUUUCAAAAAGGGCAGUUCUGAUACUGUCAAUCACAUAUGUACAAGAUCGUUGAGUCUCUGUGAAGAUUUAGAUACUGAUGACAAAGAUGGCGAUGAUUAUGAAGAUGCUAAAGAUGAACUUUAAUUUUUUCAUUUUUUUAUAAAGAAUAUAAAUAGAUAUAUAUUUUUAAAUUGUUAAUAAGAGGCAUUAUAGAUACUUAGUCAUACUGAAAAUAAUUUCCAACGAUAUUAAAAAUAAGGAAUUUAUUUUUCUAAUCAAAAACUUACAUCACA